GAAUAUACGUUCAUUAUAUAAAGUGUUCGCAGUCCAGCACGAUAGAGAAAAUGAGAAGGGGUGAUUUUUUUAACCAAUCAUAAGCUCGCUUCGUACGCGACAAGAGGUGGUUUACUACGGCAAGCUCAUUCGGUAGAAGAAACAAUCAUCUGCAACUGCAAGCAAGCUCAAAAAAAGGAACAAUUGUUGCAAACGUUGCCAAUUUUUCGUUAUCAAGGUUCAUCCCACAGUGAUAUCGCUGAGUUUAUAGUACAUUUCGUUUUAGAAACGAUAGUGGGCAGUUGAAUUUUCGUGAAUUUUUAUAAUUGAUAGAAUAUUGUGUGUCUGAAACUGAUCGGAAAGUUUCCAAGAGAAAAGGAUAACCAACAAUGUCAGCACUGCAAUUUGCUGCUGCUGAUGAUUCGGAUGUGGGAAAAUUCCACUCUUAUCAAACCGUAUACUACAUCAUCGCCGAUAGUGGUGCUCUGGCAGACGACAGGCAAUCGAAGGAAAAUUUACAAGCGCAAACGAUAACAACGAGUGAUUGCGACGAAGGUGCCGAUAUACGGAAGCGCAGGAAAAUUGAAACAGUACACACAAUGCAAGGGCAAAUUCCGGGGGGCACCCAAGCAGUUCAGGUUCCCGCACAACAACAACAGCAACAGAUCCAGAUUCAGGCCCAUCCGCAAACUGUGGUGAUCCAGCAGACACCUCAGGUCGUCCAGGUCCAACAGCAGCAAGUCGUCCAGAACAGUGCGAAAAUCGAUCAAGCUCAGCAGCUGUCAUCAGUCGGAUUGCUAGAGCUGGCCCACCGUGAGUAUCAGGCGGUGGAUUACGAGAAUGCCGAACGUCACUGUAUGCAGUUAUGGCGACAGGAAAGUAACAACACCGGCGUGUUGCUGUUGCUGUCAUCCAUCCACUUCCAGUGCCGUCGUUUGGACAAGUCAGCGCAAUUCUCGACUCUGGCAAUCAAGCAAAACCCACUGCUGGCUGAAGCGUACAGCAACCUGGGAAAUGUCUAUAAGGAACGCGGACAACUUCAGGAAGCCCUAGAAAAUUAUCGCCAUGCCGUACGCUUGAAGCCGGAUUUCAUCGACGGCUACAUCAAUUUGGCGGCCGCACUAGUAGCAGCUCGCGAUAUGGAACAGGCAGUCCAAGCAUAUGUCACCGCACUGCAGUAUAAUCCAGAUUUGUAUUGUGUGAGAAGUGAUUUAGGCAAUUUGCUUAAGGCUCUAGGAAGGUUGGACGAGGCCAAGGCAUGUUAUCUGAAGGCGAUCGAAACCCGGCCGGACUUUGCCGUUGCCUGGAGCAAUCUGGGUUGCGUGUUCAACGCCCAGGGAGAAAUCUGGCUCGCAAUUCAUCACUUCGAGAAAGCGGUGGCGUUGGAUCCGAACUUUCUGGACGCUUACAUCAACCUGGGUAAUGUGCUGAAGGAGGCUCGGAUUUUCGACCGAGCCGUUGCUGCUUACCUGCGAGCGCUCAACCUGUCACCAUACAAUGCGGUUGUGCAUGGUAAUCUGGCCUGUGUGUACUACGAGCAGGGACUCAUCGAUUUGGCCAUCGACACGUACCGACGAGCGAUCGAACUGCAAUCCAACUUCCCCGAUGCGUAUUGUAACUUGGCGAACGCUCUCAAAGAAAAAGGCCAAGUUCAGGAAGCGGAGGACUGCUAUAAUACAGCCCUCAGGCUGUGUCCUAACCAUGCUGAUUCACUCAACAAUCUGGCCAAUAUCAAGCGCGAGCAGGGCUACAUUGAGGAAGCAACCAGACUAUACUUGAAGGCGUUGGAAGUGUUUCCCGAGUUUGCAGCAGCUCACUCCAACUUGGCAUCGGUGCUUCAGCAACAGGGCAAACUGAAUGAGGCGCUCCUGCACUACAAGGAAGCUAUUCGAAUUCAACCGACGUUCGCUGAUGCAUACUCUAAUAUGGGAAACACUUUGAAGGAAAUGCAGGAUGUCGCAGGAGCACUUCAAUGCUACACUCGUGCUAUUCAAAUAAACCCAGCUUUCGCUGAUGCGCACAGCAAUUUGGCAAGUAUUCACAAGGAUUCCGGGAAUAUUCCGGAUGCGAUUCAAUCUUACAGAACAGCGCUGAAGCUGAAACCCGAUUUUCCGGAUGCAUAUUGCAAUUUAGCACACUGUCUACAAAUCGUGUGUGACUGGACAGAUUAUGAGGCUCGUAUGAAGAAAUUAGUGGCCAUUGUGGCGGAUCAGCUGGAGAAAAACAGAUUACCGUCUGUUCAUCCGCAUCAUUCAAUGUUGUAUCCCUUGUCUCAUGAUUUUCGCAAAGCGAUUGCUGCACGGCAUGCAAACCUGUGCCUUGAGAAAAUUAAUAUCCUCCACAAGCCGCCGUAUAAAUUUUCCCGGGAACAGACAGGUCGGCUGAAAAUUGGGUAUGUAAGCAGUGAUUUCGGAAAUCACCCUACAUCGCACUUGAUGCAGUCAAUUCCCGGAAUGCACGAUCGAUCUCGGGUGGAGGUAUUUUGUUAUGCUCUCAGUCCAGAUGAUGGAACUACGUUCCGGAGUAAGAUUUCCCGAGAAGCUGAGCAUUUCAUAGAAUUGUCACAGAUUGCUUGCAAUGGGAAAGCAGCUGAUCGGAUUCACGCUGACGGUAUCCAUAUCUUGGUCAAUAUGAAUGGUUACACUAAGGGAGCACGCAAUGAAAUAUUCGCCCUUAGGCCUGCACCUAUCCAGGUUAUGUGGCUUGGCUACCCUGGAACUAGUGGUGCCAGUUUCAUGGAUUACAUUGUCACCGACUCGGUCACUUCACCCAUGGAACUAAGUGAUCAAUAUAGCGAGAAACUGGCCUACAUGCCACACACAUACUUUAUUGGCGAUCACAGACAAAUGUUUCCUCAUCUGAAAGAACGUGUCAUUGUGAGUGGUAAGCAGCAGAAUAAUCAACUAGUUGACAACGUCGCGGUCAUAAAUGCGACCGAUCUUUCGCCAUUAGUUGAGAACACUGAUGUGAGAACCGUUCGGGAGGUGGUGAUCGGCAAUACACCCGUUGAAAUUCAGCACAAGGUCGUAGAGCUACCAACGACGACACCAGUAGAAACCAUGAUCGCUUCUGGGCAAAUUCAAACCUCGCUCAACGGAGUAGUUGUACAGAAUGGAUUGGCAACAACUCAAACAAAUAAUAAAGCAGCUACGGGUGAAGAAGUUCCACAAAAUAUUGUUGUAACGACUCGACAGCAGUAUGGUCUUCCGGAUGAUGCAGUCAUAUACUGCAACUUCAACCAACUCUACAAAAUUGAUCCACACACUCUUACUUCGUGGGUGAACAUUCUCAAACAAGUACCGAAUGCGGUGUUGUGGUUACUGCGAUUCCCAGCAGUUGGUGAAUCCAAUAUUCUAGCUGCAUCGCAGCAACUAGGGUUGGCACCAGGACGAAUUAUAUUUUCAAAUGUUGCCGCUAAGGAGGAACAUGUGCGACGAGGACAGUUGGCGGAUGUAUGUCUCGAUACGCCUCUUUGUAACGGACACACAACUUCAAUGGAUGUGCUGUGGACCGGUACUCCCGUAGUGACACUGCCUGCAGAGACGUUAGCGUCACGAGUGGCUGCUUCGCAAUUGGCUACGUUGGGAUGUCCAGAAUUGAUUGCUCGAACACGCCAGGAGUAUCAGGAUAUUGCUAUCAAGCUCGGUACCGAUAAGGAAUAUCUGAAGGCUAUUCGUGCCAAAGUUUGGUUGGCUCGAUGUGAAAGUCCGCUGUUCGAUUGCAAACAAUACUCCCACGGAUUGGAGACGCUGUUCUAUAAAAUGUGGGAACGGUUUGCUAGGGGCGAACGGCCCGAUCAUAUAUCAGCAAAAGAAGCAUCCAAAAAAAAUGUGAGAUAUUUUUAAGUAUGAAGUGUUUAAAUUGGUUGAUGUCAUUUUAAGAUACUGGAAUUAGGAUCGAGAAAUUCCAAAACAGCUAGUAAAAGAUUUUUCAAAUCUGGCACUUUUAUAGAGAAAAAACUAGUUUAUUUAUUUUACGAUAGUUCAAAAAAUAUUUUAGUUGAUAAGAAAUUGAAAAACGUGUGUUAUUUCAAAUGUGAAAAUAUAGUUUAAGACAAAAACAACUUAGUGAUAUUGAAUGAUUCGAACAUACGGUAGUUAAACGUGAACCUAAUUUACUGUUUAUGCUGUAUUUUGAAAAUGCAAACAUUUAUGGAAACCAUGGAUGUUUUCUUCAAGCACUUAUCAACUUCUAUUAAUCUGAUUUUCCUUUUAUGAGUAUCAACUGAGUUAAUGUCAAUUUCGGUUCGAUUGUAAGUUCUCGUAGGAACAUUGCGAAAAGGUAUCGCCUUUCGUAGAUAGCGCACUAAGAAAUGCAUUUCCGUUCCGUUAUGUUCAAGUUGAUAAAGUGGUUAUAAAACCAACAACAAACUGAUGAUAACACACAACAAAUUGAGAUCGUGUAUAACCAAGCAUAAAAUAAAUAGUGCGUUUUUGCAUAUCCUCAAAUUGAAAUUAGAUCGUAAAAUGCAGCUAAUAUAGCAAAUAUUGACGGCCAAAAUCUAAACUGGAACAGCAAUUAUCUGGUGCAACCUUUAGCACCAUUUACGAUAGACAAAAGUUGUCUUAAUCAGGCGAUCAGUGUUCUAGAAAAGAUCUCUGUUCGUUCAAGGGGAUUAUUUGUAAAUAGAAUUCUUUCUCAUAAACUAGCAGAACCAACAAGAGCAAAUAUUUUUUGUGUAGAGAAGACACAAGUGAAGUUGUGCUAGUGAUAGUAUGAAAAUAAAUGCAUGUUACUUAA